GCGAGCUCAGUUGUUAUGACGCUAAUGUUACUUUAACUUGUCCUUAAACCACCAAAACAACAACUCAAACGAGCCAUUUGUAAUAAAUUGAUUUGGUCAAGAAGAAGAAACUGAAGUUUGAUAGACAUGGAAGAAGAAGAAGAGACCGUAUCGAUACUUUCCAGAAAAGAGCUGCGUAAGCAGAAGCUGAUGGAAUACUUGGCAGGAAAAGGAAAGUUGAAACACCCCAACCCAAAACCAUACCUAUGUGACAACAGUCAGGUUAAGAAGCUUCUGACAACUUCACUAAAGGUUGUUGAGGGAAAAGAGAACAAGGCUCCAGCUGACAGAUUCACACAUGAACGUGCAAAAAUUAAAACUCUGGCUGCUCAAUCAACCAAACCCCCUGCUGCCAGAGGAGCAUUUGGUCACUCAAACAAAGUGAAUGUAAAAGCCAACAUUCUGACUGGACGGCAGAAUACCAGUCGUCCAUCUGCAACCAGUGGCCCGGCACAGCCAAAACUUAAUCUACACCCUGUGCUGACAAGAAGAGCUGCGGUUGUAUCCUCAAUAUCCAACACUAAUGCAGCAAGCCAUCUCAAAAAGCAACCAAACACAGGAAUCCCAUCUUCAGGCAGAGCCUCUUCAAAUGCAUCUCGUACAGGUGUAACACAGUCACACAGCAGAUUCAGCAGUAGCUCAAAGGCCACCUGGUCAUGUCCAGUGACGACAGUCAGUGUCAGGAUGAGUCUCGGCCCCAUGGUCAAAACUAAAACGGGACUAACUCCUGCAGUGACCCAUCCCAGAAACAGUCAAAGUCAGAACGUAACACACACCUCUGAUCCCACCACCCCUGCCGCUACCACUGGAGCUAAACAGGUGCAAUCCAGCACCGUGUCAUCAGUUUCUGUUUCCCAGAAGUCGGCCAUGGGUCAGAGGAAACCAUUACCUACCAACCACGAGAGACCAAGAGCUGUGAUUAAAGUUCAAAAUCAGAGCAAGUCUAACUCUAAACCACUUUUGAGUAAAAAUUCUCAGCCAUCUUCUAAGGUUCCAUUAUCAAGUGGACUGAAAUCCACAGCAGCACCUUUUAAGCCACAGGGCAGAGCAGCUGGUCAGCCCACAGACCGGCUCACAAAGCAGACAGCUGAAGGUGUGGGGCAGAAGAAUGGCCAACCGCGCAAAGUUGCCUCCCAAACAUCCUCUGGGCCGGCGAGCAGGUGUGCUUCCAGAGCGGUCAGCGGGGUUAUGCGAGCUGCUGUGGCCGAGCUGGGAGGGAAAACCAAGACACGCGAAGAGGCGGGUGGCAAAAAGGGACGCGCUUCAGCAAACGCCCCUCCACCACAAACGGGUACAAAGAGAACAAGUGCUCCGGUGACGUCCCAGACAGUGCCACGGUCGGGCAGGACCAUCAGCCACACCGGGCAGGCCACAGACACGAAGACACCCAAGGUCCCAGUCGGGGUGUUUCCCCAGACUGAGGGAAAGAAAGUGACCGCUGCCCAGGAGGAAAGAAUGAGAAAACUACAGGAGUGGCGGGAGGCCAAGGGUAUUUCCUACAAGCGUCCCCCAAUGCCGGUGCAACCUCAGGUCCGGCGUACUGUGGCCGUGCUCCAGCCUUUCUGGGGAGCCAUGAACGAGGAAGACGAGGCCCACUCCCUCAUCUGUGCCGUGGACCGGUCCCUGGCUGACUGCAUCAAAUUGCUGGGAGAGGGUUGCCCUCCAGACCAGGUGAGGGGGGUUCUCUCCCGGCUGCCAGCGGUGUCCAAGAAGUUUGCCAAAUACUGGAUCUGUCAGGCCCGCCUGAUGGAACGAGAGGGCCGCCUGGAUGUGCUGCCCAUGUUUGAAGAGGCUGUUGGGGUCGUGCUGGAG